UGCCUCUCUUCUCUGUUGCUGCUCAACCCCUGUCUUUCUCUCACUUCGACUUUCUCUCUCUAAAAUCUCCGGGCUCGGAUUGUGCCCUUUUCACAAACCUCUGCUCUUUGAUUCCAGUUGGUGCUGUAAGAAUAGUGUUGGUGAAAUAUUUCUGGAUUAGGGAAUGGCUGGGAUUGUGAGUGAGGAGUCUGGAGUGGGAAAGUCUGUGGAGGGAAUUUCAAGUGGGCAGCGUUGUCAGUCUGGUGAAGCAUUGGCGGAGUGGCGAUCUUCUGAACAGGUGGAGAAUGGAAUCACGUCUACUUCUCCCCCUUACUGGGACACUGAUGACGAAGAUGAUGGCAGACCAAAACCGUCUGAGUUAUAUGGAAAAUAUACAUGGAAGAUAGAAAAGUUUUCUCAAAUUACCAAAAGGGAACUUCGCAGUAGUGCAUUUGAGGUUGGCGACUACAAAUGGUAUAUUUUAAUAUAUCCACAAGGUUGUGAUGUUUGCAAUCAUCUCUCGCUGUUUCUGUGCGUAGCUAAUCAUGACAAACUUCUUCCAGGAUGGAGUCAUUUUGCACAAUUUACAAUUGCUGUGGUCAAUAAAGACCCAAAGAAAUCAAAAUAUUCUGAUACAUUGCAUCGAUUUUGGAAGAAGGAGCAUGACUGGGGAUGGAAAAAGUUUAUGGAGCUGUCUAAAGUGUAUGAUGGAUUUGUUGACACUUCGGACAAUCUGAUAAUAAAAGCUCAAGUUCAAGUCAUAAGGGAGAAAUCAGACAGGCCCUUUCGUUGCCUUGAUUGUCAGUAUAGGAGAGAACUUGUUAGGGUAUAUUUGACAAAUGUAGAACAAAUAUGUCGGCGUUUUGUGGAGGAGAGAAGAAGCAAGCUUGGGAAGUUAAUAGAGGAUAAAGCUAGGUGGUCGAGUUUCUUUGCCUUCUGGCGGGAAAUUGACCAAACUUCUAGGCGCCGCAUGUCUAGGGAGAAGACAGAUGUAAUUUUGAAAGUAGUUGUAAAACAGUUCUUUAUAGAGAAAGAGGUCACUUCUACUUUGGUAAUGGAUUCCUUUUAUAGUGGAUUGAAGGCUCUUGAAGGCCAGACUAAGUGCAAGAAUGGUAGGGUGAAAUUGUUGGAUGCUGAAGAAAUACCAGCACCAAUUGUUCGUGUCGAGAAGGAUACGUUUGUGCUGGUGGAUGAUGUUUUACUGCUACUUGAAAGGGCUGCUAUAGAACCACUGCCUCCAAAAGAUGAGAAGGGUCCUCAAAACCGUACAAAGGAUGGAAACUCUGGAGAGGAUUUCAAUAAAGAUUCUAUUGAACGUGAUGAAAGGCGUCUAACAGAACUGGGUCGUAGGACAUUAGAAAUAUUUGUCCUUGCCCAUAUAUUCAGUAAUAAAAUUGAGGUUGCCUAUCAGGAAGCUGUUGCUCUCAAGAGACAAGAAGAGCUCAUCCGUGAAGAAGAGGCUGCAUGUGAAAGUGAUCAGAAAGCAAAGCGUGGGGUCAAUGAGAGGGAAAAGAAGUCAAAGAAAAAACAGGCUAAACAAAAACGGAACAACCGUAAAGGAAAGGAUAAAGGAAGGGAGGAGAGGACCACUGUGUCUGCACAUGACAAGAACCAAGACAACGCUGUUAUUGAGGAAAAGGAUUCUAACGUUGAUGAAGCUCAAACUCUGUCUGAAAAGCCUGAUGCCAUGGAAGAUGUUUCGGAUGUGUCUGAUUCUGUGGAUGGAGUUGCUGAAAUGCUUCAGCCUGAUUCAGAUGACAGAGAUGCUAAUCCAGUUAAUUGGGAUACUGAUGCAUCAGAAGUUCAUCCUCCAGCUGAAGCUAGUAACAAUGGCAUAGGUGGUGUUUCAUCCAUGCAAAAUGGAAUGUCUGAGAGGAGGAGCGGUUCAGUGGUAGAUGAUAGUUCUUCAACAUGUUCUACUGAUUCUUUGCCAUCAGUAGUCAUGAAUGAUCCCUACAAGGGAAACUCUCUAGCAAAUUAUAAACUCCAAAAGUCACCUACCAGAGGUAAGAACCGAGGUAAAACAUCAUGUAAUGCUGGUAGUUGGGCAAAUGAAAUAGAUGGUCAGCCAUCUGGUUCUGCAGCAGGUUCUGGGGAUAUUAAUGGCGAGUCAGGCUGUGGUAAGGUUGGCGAAUCUGAAUCUGAUGUUGCUGUCUUCUCCUUGCAGGAUCUUAAGUGGUCCGUGCAGCAAUUUGAUAGAAUCAGAAAGGAGGAGGGGGUUCUUUCACUUGAAAAUAAAUUGGGCAUUAAAGACCUGGUUGAGAUAGAGAGAUCUGUUGACAAUGAAAUCCUACAGAAAGAGAAGGCAUCAGCUGUGGCAUCCUCGCCAAUCAGUCCUCCCAGAAACUUAUCCUCUUCUGUUCAAAUGAAGUUAGAACAUAAGACUAGUGCUACUGUAGAUCCUGUUCAUAUCAGGAAAACAUCUUCUAGUGGUUCCCAACUGAAUGAUAAGGACCCAUCUUCACCUUUUACUUCUGCAUCACAAGCUACAGCUUUGUCCAAAAAUGAGAUCCAAAAGACUUCAACUGCAAGAUUAACUGAAAGAUCUGUGGCUCAAGUGCCUCCAAUGUCAAGACCUUCUAGUGCUCCUUUAGUUCCUGGUCCCAGGCCCACUGCACCUGUUGUUUCUAUGGUUCAAACGGCUCCCCUACUUGCACGUUCAGUGAGUGCAGCUGGCCGGUUGGGUCCUGAUCCCACAUCUGCUACUCAUAGUUAUGUUCCUCAAUCCUACAGAAACGUGAUCUUGGGGAACCCUGUGGCCCCAACUGCUGCUAGUCUAACUAAUUCCAGCACCUCCAGUUCAGGAGUAAACCCAUCACCAGGCUAUUCUCAGCCAUCUUCCUUGGUGUCAUCACCAAUAUUUUUAUCCCAGAGCUCUGACAGAAUGGACACUAGUGCAAGUCAGUCUGGUGUUCCCUUUAGCGCAAUUACACGGGAUAUUUUAAAGAAUGGUCCCCAGUGGAUUGAGGGUUCUCAAAGGGAGUCAAGCAGAAGCUUGCACUAUGAUCAACCCUCUGGGCUGAAUAAUGUUCAAAAACAUGACUUGUACAGGCCAGUACACAGUAGAUCAAUGGGAAAUAUGUCAACUGAGUUCCCAGCCUGCACAUCGGGGCGUCGGAACCAAGGGUUGUUGGUGGAUGAGUUCCCACACCUUGAUAUCAUAAAUGACCUGCUUGAUGAUGAACAUGGUAAUGGGAAGAUGGCCGCCAAGGCAAGUUCAGCAUUCCAAUCGCUGAAUAAUGGACCACAGCCCCUAAAUCGACAGUUCACUUUUCCUGGAGACUUGGGUGCAAAUGAUGAUUUGGGAUCCUCAACCAGUUCUUGCAGGUUUGAGCGAUCACAAAGUUUCCAGCAUGACCAUGGAUUUCAAGGAGGGUAUAGCUCGUCUGGUGGGCAUUUUGAUUCACUGAGGGACUGUAUUUCGCCUAUGAGUAACGUGCCUUACGUCAAUGGCCAGGUAGAUGGGUUGAUUCCAAACAACCAAUGGCAAGUGGGUGGUUCCGAUCUGUUGUAUCUAGGCAUGAGAAACGCAGAUAAUGAUAAUUAUGCAUACUAUCAAGAUUACUCAAACAUGGCAUGUGGUGUCAAAGGUUAUACUGUAUUCAGGCCAUCAAGUGGUCCUUAGAGGGAAACGAUAACGAAGCGUGCCCCCGGAUGAGGGGUCACGAUAAAUGUAAUAAUAUAUUUGAGGAAAUUGUUGGGUCUUUUUAGAUUGGAGUGAGGUUGUAAUCUCUCUUGAUAAGCAAAACAUUUUGUAAAGAGUGUUUUGAGUUAUUUGCUUCCAGCUUUUUUAACCCCAAUUCAUGUCUUGGCCUUCUGGGAUUAUGGAUGAAUCGUGAGGUUUGAACACUUGUCCUAAUAAACUCAAGCUAGCCAUGCAUCAUCCCCUCAAUUUUGAUGCAUGUGGUAGAAUUUGUACCCAACGUUGUAUAACCCUGUCAGCUAUGGAUAUUAAUGGGGCAUUUGCAAAUGCUCCGUAGUUCUACUAGAAACUAUGAAAAAUGUUCUUUAAUACAUUUUAAAUUAGGUGGCUUUUUAAGGCCUCUGUUAACAAUGCGGAAGAGUUUGGGAU